AUGUUUCUCGUUUACUUUUUCAUUUUUAUUUCUUAUUUCCUUCUUUUUCCAAAUUUUCCUUAUUUCUUAUUUUUUUUUUUUUUUAUUUUUUUUUUUUUUCUAUUUUUUACCGUUGUUUACUUUUCAUUUUUAUUUUAUAUUUUUGCUCAAUUCCAUUUUUCUUUUUUGUUUUCUUUUUUUUCUUUCAUUCCUUUUUUUUUUUUUUCGUCUUUUUUAGUCUUCGUUUUUUUUCUAUUUUUCAUUACCGUUUUUCUUUACUUACCAUUUUUUUUUUCUUUUAUACCUUUUUUUUUCUUAAUUCCUUUUUUUUUUUUUUUUUUUCUUUUUCUCUUCAUUCCUUUUUUCUUCUUCUCUUACCGUCUUUUUCGUCUUCCUUUUACGUUUUUUUUUUCUUCUUCUCUUUUUACCACCUUUUUUUUCUCUUACCACCCAUUUCUUCUCCUUUUACAACCUUUUUUUUUUCCUUACCUUUCCUUUUACCACUAA